UUUCGGGGCGGGCCCUGGAGCCGCCUGUAAGCGUUUGCGGGGGAGAAAGUAACAUGGUGGCUGCUUCCUCCUGAAACAGGAGCGGCGGCGGGUCCGGCUGCUCCUGAGGCGGUUCAGGCGCGGGGAGAAGCUGCCAGGCGGGAGCGCCGCGACCGUUGGGGCGGGCCGGGGGCGCCCGGCGCUGGCUGUCGGCCGGCUCCGCGGUCGGAGAGCCGGCGGCGGCGGCAGGAUCUCACAUUUGACAUAGAUGUAGAGGACUGGAAGACAGCCUUUGAUGGAUUCAGAUGCUUUGUUCAUUGAGUGUGCAUUCUGGAAGAUAAGUGAGAGAAGUGAAGAAAACAAGAAGCAAGGAUUGAUUCCCCAGGAGUUUCAAGGGAUGAGUUACUGACGUAACCAUGAUAGAAGACAAAGGUCCACGAGUGGCUGACUAUUUUGUAGUAGCAGGGCUCACUGACACAGAUACUACAUCUCUCCUGGACCAAGAAAUAAGCCGCCAUGAAACAAAGUCAACUGGUCCAAAGGCUCCAAUUACAGACAUUGCUGUGAUAAUUAAAUCAGCUGGUGAGACUGUUCCAGAGGGAUACACCUGUGUUGAAGCCACCCCUACAGCUCUUCAAGCAAACUUAAACUAUGGGAGUCUUAAGAGUCCAGAGCUUUUUCUUUGCUACAAGAGAGGCCGGGACAAACCACCUCUUACUGAUAUUGGGGUUCUAUAUGAAGGGAAGGAACGUAUCAUUUCAGGCUGCGAGGUGAUUCAGGCUACUCCUUAUGGUCGUUGUGCCAAUGUUAACAAUAGUUCAGCGUCUUCUCAGCGGAUCUUUAUCACUUAUCGAAGGGCUCCUUCAGUACGACCUCAGAAUUCAUUGGCAGUGACAGAUAUCUGUGUUAUUGUUACCAGUAAAGGAGAGACCCCUCCUCAUACAUUCUGCAAAGUUGAUAAGAAUUUAAAUUGCGGCAUGUGGGGUUCCAGUGUAUACCUUUGUUAUAAGAAGUCUGUGCCAGCUUCUAACUCUCUAGCGUAUAAAGCUGGCUUAAUUUUCAGAUAUCCUCAGGAGAAUUAUGAGUCAUUUCCAUUGUCAGAUUCUGUACCUCUUUUCUGCCUUCCUAUGGGAGCUACUAUUGAAUGCUGGGACCCACAAACCAAAUAUCCACUACCAGUAUUCUCAACAUUUGUACUGACCUGUUCUUCUGCAGAAAAGGUUUAUGGUGCUGCUAUUCAGUUUUAUGAGCCUUAUCCCCGGGAACUGCUAACAGAAAAGCAACAAUUGCAGCUGGGUCUCCUGACAGCUGUAGAGAGGAAAGUGGUUACUUCCAAGUCUAUCAAUUCUAACAAAUGUAUCUGCCUUCUUUCACACUGGCCUUUCUUUGAAGCAUUUCGAAAAUUUCUUAUGUUCAUCUACAAACUCUCUGUCUCUGGACCUCAUCCUCUUCCCAUUGAAAAGCACAUAUCCCACUUUAUGCACAAUAUACCUUUCCCUUCACCACAAAGACCAAGAAUUCUUGUGCAGCUUUCUGCCCAUGAUGCAUUAAUAUUGUCUCAGCCAGUUUCUACACCCUUGCCAUUAAGUGGAGCAAACUUUAGCACUCUGCUCAUGAAUCUUGGACCAGAAAACUGUGCUACUCUAUUACUUUUUGUAUUACUAGAAGGCAAGAUCCUCCUCCAUUCUCUUAGACCAGCUGUGUUGACAGGAGUUGCUGAAGCUGUAGUAGCUAUGAUAUUUCCAUUUCAGUGGCAAUGUCCAUACAUCCCCCUCUGUCCCUUGUCUCUGGCCACUGUGCUCAGUGCACCUGUUCCAUUUAUUGUUGGAGUAGAUUCACGAUACUUUGAUCUGUAUGAUCCACCACAGGAUAUUGUGUGCAUUGACUUAGACACAAACAUGGUGUACAUAUCAGAUGAUAAGAAGAGCACAAACUGGAAACAGUUUCCUAAGAAGCCCUGUAAAAGUCUGCUCAGCACCUUAAAGAAACUGCACCCACAACUGGCAGCAGUUCACAGGAAAACUCAAGAAGGCUCUGCAGUAGAGAUGACUCCCAUUGAGGCAGAUUUCUCCUGGCAGAAGAAGAUGACUGAACUUGAGAUGGAGAUCCAGGAAGCUUUUCUCCGCUUUAUGGCAUCUAUUUUAAAGGGUUACAGAACAUUCCUCAAGCCAAUCACCCAGGCCCCUUCAAAUAAAGCAACUGCUGCUGAUUCGUUGUUUGAUCAUCAAGGAUUUUUAAAAAGUCGAGAUCGUGCCUAUACAAAGUUUUACACGCAUCUCACCAAAACGCAGAUAUUCAGCAGAUUUAUUGAAGAGUGCAGUUUUGUGAGUGACAAAGAUACUGGCUUGGCAUUUUUUGAUGACUGCAUAGAAAAGCUGUUUCCGGAUAAAGGAACAGAUAAAGGAGAGAAGAUUGAUGUAGACUCUGUGGAGGAUGCACGGUUGAUUGAGCUUGAUGAGUCACAAAAAAGCGAACACACAGUGUUUAUUAUGCCACCGGAACCUCCCCCUGAUGAUGGACAGGACCGAGCACCAAAAUACAGCUAUAAGAACUUCCCACGACUAGAUUUCAAGCUCUUUGACAGGCCACUGGAGCUCAAGCUGUCUUUCAGCAGACACCUAGCUGGAUGCAGCGUUUCAAACAGUCCAGCACUCAUGGCAAAGAGGACAAAACAGGAGAUAAAAACAGCCCAUAAGUUAGCCAAGAAGUACUACCUAAGCCCCCCACAAUGGGCUAAAUGUCUCUUCAGUCAUAGUUACAGCUUAUGGUUUAUUUGUCUGCCAGCCUACAUCAGAGUUGCCCAUCCCAAGGUCAGAGCACUGCAGCAGGCAUACGAUGUCCUCAUUAAAAUGAGGAAAACUGAUGUGGAGCCACUAGAUGAGGUCUGCUAUAGAGUUGUAAUGCAGCUCUGUGGACUGUGGGGUCAACCUGUUCAAGCUGUGAGAGUCCUCUUUGAAAUGAAAAAUGCUGGAAUAGAGCCAAAUGCCAUCACUUACGGUUAUUACAAUAAGGCGGUUUUAGAGUCUCCUUGGCCUAGCAGUAGUCGCAGUGGCAUAUUUCUGUGGACAAAGGUACGAAAUGUAGUUCGUGGCACAGCACAAUUUAGGCAGUGUCUAAAGAAAGCAACGCAGAGCUCACGAGUCGCUGUGAUAUCAGCUCUGCAGAAUACCACAGGUGGAAGUGAUGGGGACAUGGUGAGCCAUGGUAGCGUGGAUAGUUCUAAUGAUGCUAACAGUGGGGAGCACACACUCUUCGUCAGAGACUUAGUCAGGCUUGAUUCCAUUGAUAAUCACUCUAGCACAGGUGGUCAGUCAGACCAAGGCUAUGGAUCCAAGGAUGAACUUGUAAGGGAUGAUGGAGAUGGUCUUCAUGCAACUGAAACACAAGUAGAGAAAGAUACUUUUUCUAAAGUUGAAGAUAUAAUAGGAGAGGUUUGUGGUACGGGAGAGCCUGGUGAAAAGCAGCAGAUGAAUAUAGACACUCGCAGUCUAACAGACCCACCUGCUUGGGGUAACAGUAUUGUGAAAGUUCCAUCUGGCAUUUUUGAUAGCAGAAGGAAAAACAGUGGUGGAAUGGGUUCUAGCCCCUUGUUUCUAGCUCAGAAUUCAGUUGAAGAUGUCUUUGACAUUUCUGCUAAGAAAUCAAGUGAAAAAGGACAGAAGAGGCAGAAGCUCUUUUCAGAGAGAAGCUGCAGUUUCAGCAGUGAAAGUAGGGCAGGAAUGCUGCUGAAAAAAAGCAGCUUGGACCUGCACUCUAGAGAAAUAGCAAUAAUGAUGGGAGCAGAUGCCAAGAUCCUAACAGCAGCUUUGUCUGGAGCCAAAACUUCACCCCCUCAUACUGAUAAAUCCCACAGCUUUGACAGUGUUGGUGACCGGCAGGUUUCUGGUAUAAGUGACACUUACAUUCAUGUGAACGAGAGAGAGUGGGAAUCAGAGCAUAGGUCUUCACCAGUGGUGGAGGAACCUGGGGAAGGGCAGGAGCAUCUGGAGAAUGGAGGCAAUGAGAGUGUAACCACAGUAGAAGUCAUGGACCUCAAGCAGUUAGGCGAGUCCAGAAACCAGAAACCAGAAUCCAAAGAUGCAACAACUAAAAGGAAUAGCUUUUAUGGAGUGGUUAAGCCUGUUGAAAGGGAAGAUGUUGAAGUGGGCUUGGACCCUUUAUCUUUGCUGGCUACUGACAGCAUGCAACCAAGACAUCCGGAACCUGAGGAAAAACUAAUGUCACCAGUUGCAGCACGCAAUUUGGCAGAUGAAAUAGAGAGCUAUAUGAAUAUGAAGAAUCCCUUGGGGAGCAAGUUUCCCAGCAUGGAACUGCACAAGCCAGUCAGGGAAGCAGAAACCUCUGGUACACUUGGCCACUCCCAAGAAAGGAGAUCAAGCCUGCCGUUGGAUCCCAUCCCACCACCUCCUGAGUCCUAUGAAAAUCGGAGAAGUCCUUCUGUCUCCAGAUCCAAAACGUUCACUGGACGACCAAAGCAACAAACCCAUCCACGGGUUCAAAAGGAGCGGUCUUCCUCCCUAACAGGACUUGGUCGUUCUUCUCCACAUGGCUCAUUAGGAUCUGUUGUAACAACUUUAUCAAAUCUGAAGUUAGACAAUAUACUGUCUGGGCCGAAAAUGGAUGUUCUGAAGUCAGGCAUGAAACAGGCUGCCAAUGUGGCCAGUAAAAUGUGGGGAGCUGUAACCUCAGCAUAUAAUUACUCAGAUGAUGAGGCAAAAAACAAUCGAUCAGACUUUACUUUUCCUGUUGGUUUUGAAGAUAAUAUUUUAGGAGAUAGUCUGUCAUCAAGAACAGGAGUCCCAGGGCUAAUUUCAAGUGAACUUGCACAAAGCACUACUAGUCUUGGUAGUAGCAGCAGCAGUGGAGAUGUAGGAAGACAGCAUUACACAGCAGGUGAAGUUUUAUUUCCAAGAAGUAUGAAGGUUAUAGAUUCUGAGAAGUCAGAGCACAGCUCUUCCCAUAAUACUAGUUUGUCUAGUAUUUUCCAGAACUAUGCAAUGGAGGUGUUGAUGUCAAGCUGCUCUCAGUGUAGAGCUUGCGGUGCUUUGGUUUAUGAUGAGGAAAUUAUGGCUGGAUGGACAGCAGAUGAUUCAAACUUGAACACCACCUGUCCUUUCUGUAAAAGUACUUUUCUACCUUUACUUCAAGUUGAAUUUAAAGACUUGCGGGGCUCUGCAAGCUUUUUUCUGAAACAAAGUACCUCUGGGGAUAGUUUACAGAGUGGCAACAUUCCACUAACCACAGAUCCUCUGGAGCAGAAACUCUUGCCCAAUCCAGCUGUUGCUGAUCUGAUCAGUUUUUCAGAUCACCCACAAUCCAGCCAUACCAUAGUGGAAGAAACUAGCUCUACAGCUGAACAGAGUGACAUGGCAGAAGAACAGAGCAAAGGCCCCAGAACUAUGAAGACAUCUGCUAAUAAUCCAUCAAAAAAAGGAGCAUCUUUGACUCGGAGCCACAGUGUUGGAGGUCCACUGCAAAACAUUGAUCUCUCCCAGAGACCGUCUCAUGGCAUUUCAACAGUUAGUCUUCCAAAUAGUUUGCAAGAAGUCUUGGACCCUUUAAGAGAGAGACCUAACCCUCUUCCUGUUUCUGUACCAUACUUGAGCCCCUUGGUACUGCGUAAGGAGCUUGAAUCAUUGUUGGAAAAUGAGGGAGAGCAAGUAAUUCAUACAUCCAAAUUCAUUAAUCAACAUCCCAUAAUUUUCUGGAACUUAGUCUGGUAUUUCCGACGAUUGGAUCUACCUAGUAACUUACCUGGGCUCAUUCUAACAUCUGAGCACUGCAAUGAUGGAGUGCAGCUUCCCUUGACAUCUCUUGCUCAAGAUAGCAAGCUAGUAUACAUCCAUCUUCUAUGGGACAAUAUUAACCUCCACCAAGAGCCCGGGGAGCCCCUGUAUAUAUCUUGGAGAAAUUUCAAUUCCGCUGAGAAGAGAUCCUCCACAAUGGCAGAUGAUCAGCAGGCAACAAAUGCUUUGUUAGAGAACAUCAAACUAAGUAUUCAGCACAAUAAUGUUGUUAAACCAAUCAACCUCCUUCUACAGAAAGUUAAACCAGACGUCAAACGACAGAGGAGUUUUUACAGAGAAAUCCUUUUCCUGUCUCUGGUAUCUCUUGGAAGAGAGAAUAUUGACAUUGAGGUCUUUGAUAGUGAAUACAGACUUGCACUUAAAGCUCUACCAAUGGAUGUCCUUGAAAAGAUGGAGAAAAUAGAUGCUCCACCAAGCAGCAGAGUCGAGUGUUGUAGGAAGUGCUUUGGAGCACCUUUAAUAUGAAAAGGAGAAAAGAAGCUAUUAAACUUUGGGAAGAUAAAAGUAGAGGUGAAAAAAUGGGAGUGUGAUGAUAAAUACGUUUUCUGAACCCAGAAAGAUAACUGAGCAAUUUGUCAGUGAUUUCGUGCAACUACAACAUACCUUGUCCAUCAUCUCAUGAGAAACAGUGUAAAGUAUGUUAAAAUGUUAAUGUAUGUUAUAAUGUAUGUUUUAUUAAUAGGAUGAGGUGGUUUCGAUGAUGUAUCUGCAUUUUUCCCUGUAUAUAUUUCUUCUCUUUCAUUCUCCAAAUCCCUCCCCUCUCCCCCACAAUAUCAGGUUGUUCAGAAUGGCGGUGAUUAAAUAGAAGCCUAUAGUUGGUGACUUUUCCACCAAUAUUUGUCUAUUUUAAUGAAAGAUCUUUUCUGCUACAAAAUGAUUUGACCUUUCAGUACUUCUUUGAAAUGACCUUUAGAUAAAGAGAGAUCUUUUGGCUAUGUAUGCAGUAUGUGUUUAUGAAUGUAAAUGUCUGAGUUUUUGGUUUGGAAGUUGCAAUGUAAUUGCCUUUGUCAGAUCACACUACCUAAAACUGCUCCCCUCCUACUGAUACUUGUCCCAGUGAGUGUUCUAAAUGAUCUUUAACUGACCUUUCCCCAGCGUGGGUCUAUAGUUGUAAAAACUAGAAACUUAUAUCCACUUUACAUGUGCUCUGUUUUUUCUUUAAAAAAAAUAAAUAAAGAUCCUGUGAAGAUACUGCUCUUUUCUCCAGAACAACGGUAGGCUUUUACACGAAGCAGCUGAGAAUUGGAUACUAAUUAGAUUUUAUUUUGUGUGCAUGUGUAGUUAGUGUCCUUUCAUUGAUUAAUUUUUUUUUAAACACCCCUCCAUGGUCUCACUCUAGCCUGUGGGUUAUUUUGCACUUACAGUCAAAAUUCAAUAUUUCAAUUAGAAGUAUAUUUAUAAAUGUGGUAUUCAAGUCGUAUAUUCACACAAAACUCAAGUGCUUGAGUGAAUGAUCUUAAAAGAUGAAUUCAUCUUUAGUUUGCUUCUAGUGAUAAGACAUUUGCUUCCCUUACAUGCAUAACUGACAACAGUAGUCAUAUGCUUGGCAAGAAGAGCCUGGGCACUGGUUUAUGGUUUAAAUAUUUCUGUUAUUAGAGUAAUAUGGUAAGAUUUAUUCCUGCUUUUUCUGAAAUUUAACUGAGAGGGUUUUCUGAUGGAGUUAUUCCUGGAGAAAACAGAAAAGAGAAAUAUUUGUGGCUUAUUAAAGGAGCACAGCUAAAACUAUAAUCCCACUUGAGUACAUGUUUCAUACUAGUUACAUACUACUUUCUUAAACUUAAGGAUUCUUACUCUUGGUCUGAAACAGCUACCAGCUGAAAGAGCAAAACCAGACUUCCUUUUUUAUAAGGCUGUGUUUCUAUAAAACAAAUGCACUAUUUUUCUCCAAAUAUUUUUGUGUUAUUGGCUGGCUUCUUUCAUUUUGGCUAAAAGUGCUAUUCUUAAGCCAAUUAUCAGAUAAAGCCUGGACAGGCUUUUCAGCCUCUCCUGAUGAAAAUAUUAUGCAUUCUCAAUAGCUAAAAGCAAAGAAGCACCUAAUGACUUUUUUUUAUUCUUUGGCAUUUAUGCAUAGUUGCUUGUCAAUAUCUGACCUGCAUCACAAUGAGAGAGUAGAACUGUUUUCUUACAGUAUACAGCUGUGGUGCUUGUUUUCAUAUUUUCCGCUCUUCUCUUAUUACAUAAUUUACAUGAACAAUUCUGUCUGUUCAUACUAAACAUCUCUCUGAAGCAUUACUCUAAACAAUUUAUUACUUCCUCAGAUAAAAAUGUCAUUUUUUUCUGUGCCAACCUUAAUCACACAGCUUUACAGUUUUUUUCAGUGUUAAACAGCUAAAAUAUACAAUUGACACAACUUGCAUCUAAUCAAGUCUUAGGUAUCCUUAAAUUCUUCCAUCUCAUUAAAUUAGGAAGAAAAUGUGUCCAGUGUCUUAGAUAACUGGUGACAUCCAAAUUCCUUGUACACCUUUGUAAAUAGUAUUAUUAUAAAAGAUAUAUUCUGUAAUCCGAUCGCUUUCAUUUUAAAAACAACCUUCUCAUUUGUUGCUGAAAAUCUAGAAUAAUCAGGCAGUAGUCUUGUAGAAAGAGCCAAGGUAGAUUGUAUCACAGUAUAUAAUGCUAAGUGUUUGUUAAAGUUUCCUUGUGUAUAUACACUAAUCCAAAAAAGCCUCGAGACUGAGGCAAAGAGGUACUUGCAUGAUUCUUAAUGAUGCUUGCAGAGGACUGAACUUGCUCCUGCCUAUGCUCUUUUCUGUACACUACAAAGUAGCUUCUAUUUCUGUUAUGUGUACCUGGAUUUCAGAGUGGUGACAGUCCUGGAUGGAAUUAUUUCAAGUCAUGAAUGUGCCUACUGUAAUUAACUUUUUAAUGUAGCAAUAGUUACAUAAGUGAAGACUUUUUCUGAGUUUGGAUUUUUUUUAUGCCUAGAUUUUACUUGCUGAUUAUCCAGCUGGUUCUUGAAAAAAAUCAUGAUUGAGAUCAAAAAGGAGACCAGCGACAGUGGUUUAUUUAUUAAGUUUUCAUCUGAGAAGAUCCUUUAAAAAAAAGUUCACAAAAAUUUAAAAUGAAUUAAGAAUUGUCAUAGUUUACUUCAGUGUUGCUGUGUCUGCUUUCAAAUGCAUGAUGGCACUUGCAGUUCCUCCUAUGACUUUUCUGUCUCCUGCAAACAGGCAGAGACUGCAGGUGUUCCUACACAGAACUCUGAGCGUGGCUAAGAAAAGAGGUUUUUUGUUUGGUUUUUUUUUUUUUUUAAGUUUAGCAUGGCUCAUUAAUACUCACAUGCUUGAAAAUGUGGCCAAAAAUUAAGAGGGAAAAAUCUUCCAAACUCUUGUGAAUGCAUUAUAUUUUCGUCUUUCUGCAAAUGAGACAUUAAAAACAUAGUAAAUUCUUCUCUGCAAGCCAGUAAUAACCUUCUUGAGCUCCAUAGGAAUGACUUGGUUUCUAGUCCAAAUGCUUCUGAUUUGUUUCACACCCCUAGUAAUCCAAAUUCUAAGUCUCUGAUGUGUGAAUGAGCUGGACAGGAGUGUUGGGGAGAGGAUAUGGAGGAGUUAGUUUAGCCUUGGUUCUCAAUGGAAGUAGGAAAAGUAGCAUUUUGUUCAUUUGGAAGCUUCUUUCCUCCAAAUAUUCUAGUCUGGCACAUAACUCAUGAGCCAUUAUUAAGUAGAUGGUUCUAUUGUAUAUCUUACAGAAAUCUUAUGUCUAAUGUUUGAUAGAAUGGUUGCAGAUAAUGGGAUGAAUAAAAUUAAAACCUGCAGUGGGUUGCACAAAGUGAGGGUGCAAGCCAAACUGGUUGCAUAUGUGGAGGCAAACAGUUUAUGGAGUAUCAAAAAAGUCCAAGAUGUUAGAAAGUAUGUGUUGGAAUAACAAAUACACAGAGAACUUCCUUGAAUUGUUGCCCUAACAAUGUUGAAUGGCAGUCAGUUAUGCUGAGAAGACAUAUAUUUUGCGUCUGUCAUCAGAUUAUGAAAAAACUACUUAUGGCAUGCGUAGUUGUAUGAAAAUAGUGGGGUUUUGUUUGUUUGUUUGUUUGUUUGUUGUUUGUUUUUUGAGGACUAAAAGAAGAAAUGGGGUCUUGAAAGUUUAAAAUCAGGAAUGUUAAGCAGCCAAUUUUUUCUUCAUGCAUACUGAUGCUCUAGCACAUUACCAAGAUGUAAUAAUUAUAAAUCAAUAUGCAAUCAACUUCAAAAUACUGUGUGUGAAGAAUAUGUAGGAAACUGAUAUGGCUGCAGUGUUGACACAAUAAUAAGCUUUUUCAUGUUAUUAGAAACAUUUGUAUGUUACUUAUAGCCAUAUCCUGUCUUCAUAUUGUAUAACUCAAAUUUAGAGAAUAAAAUUUUAAUGGGAAAAUGUUAUUUAGUAAAUGUGUUUUAAACUAAAUUCAUUUACUCUGCAAAUAACUUAGUCUUGUUCUAAGUUAAAUUUCAUGUUGGUUAAGCUCAAGUUACAUUGCACUUGUAAAUGAGUAGUUAUAUUCCAUUAUAACUGUGAAUUAAUGGCUUUCUGAACUGCCUCAACUAAAAGAAUAUACCUUUCCUUGAGUAUACUGCUUUCCUUGAUUAACUGCAACAUAAGGGCAUAUUUUCAAAGUGUAUAUUAAAUUAGACCAUGUAAGUUAUAUUUUAAAACAAGCUGUUGAAAAUAUAUUAACUGAAGAAUCCAGCCAGUAGUUUCUCUUUUUAAAACUGUUAACAAUUACAUCAGUGCAGAUAACUUUAUUUCAUUAAAUGGUAAGGAAGUCAUCUUAUUCACAUUAACUAUGAAUUUUAAAAACAAAGUUGUGGGGUUUUUUUCCAUUUAAUUAAUCAAAACUGUAAGGUGCCUUCUGUAUAUCAAUCUUUUCUCAUAGACCUUUUUAAAAAGAAACAAAACACCCAUGUAACUUUUAGCAGUUCAGUUUCAGCACUUAAAUUGGACUCCAGUUCUGUUUUUUACUGUGCUGUUUAUUAUGAUGCGUAUGAGGAGAGAAACAGCUUUUUUUUUUCUUUCAGUCUGCAUCAAUCAAUGGUGCAAAUAAAAGGGAUUGUUUGCUGUUUUUAGAAGCAUAUUAAGCUCCUUUAAGGAGCUUAAGAUAAACUGUAUUUUAAUGGGGAUACAACUCUCUUAAUGGGGAUACAACUCUUUUAAUGGGGAUACAACUGUAUUUUAAUGGGGAUACAACUCUUAAUGGGGAUAAGAGGAUGUAGUGUGAAUAAAUUAAGAAUUUAUUGAGUGAGUUGGGAAGUUUUUUAUUAAUGCAAUAAAAUUUGCACUGUUUUAGAGAUUGUUUGAACUGUUGAAAGAUGGCAUCCAUUUACUGUGCUUUGAUUAACAAGUAUUUCUCUAUAAUGUUUUUGUACAUUUGACAAAUGUUUCUUGAGUUUAAAAGGGCGCUCUAUGUAUUCUGUAUUUUGUAUAGGCAUCCUAGACUAAGAAACAAUUUUUAAUGUAUUUCCCAAAAUAAAAUACAUACAAAUCCUGUGUGAAA